ACACACACAAUGCUUGAGGGCACCUUUCAUUGACUCUCGUCUUACAGCAAUUAAUGAUUCUAAGCUACACUUCAGCAAAGCUCAGAAACAGAUGAAAAUUGAUUUUUUUAAACGUGCUCUCUUGUCCUUUUUAAGUGUGCGUCUAGCUUUACAGAAGCAUGUGUUUUCCAAAGCCACCCCACCCUAAAUGUGGAGCUGAAGGUGUCUCUCUGCUUAAUCAUGCUGCUGAGUCUGAAAUUGGUCUUCAUUUUGACUUAAUGAAUUUGAGAGGUCACUGCAAGCCAGUGGAGUGUAUUCCUGCACCUAGAUAUUCUCUAUUUAUCUGGUUUUAAUAGUUGCGGCAUCGUCUUACUCUCAGCUCAGACCCCUAACCCCUACAAGCACACGGGGGGCAGUGGCGUCCACCUCAUCCCAUGCCUCCCCCUCAACACCGAGGGCAUUAUGGGGUCGCCAGGUGACCAUUGCUGAGUGGACUGAGAAACGUUAAAAAAUGUUAUAGGCCCAGUCGAGGGUCUUUUGUAUAUUUCUGGGGUGUUUCUCAAUACCAAGAACGCAAAGAUCGUACUCGUGGUCUUGGCAAGAGCGGUCUUGCUAACCUGCUUCCCAAGGAUGAACUUGGGCUGCAAUAAUUCAUUGGAUUUGUCUUAUUUGGCAAGGAUGCAAUCAAUUUAUCCUUGAUAUCUGGGACGGCAAGAAUGACAUCUGGGGAUUUUUACAGUCCUCCAUACUUCCGUUCUAUUGGAACUGGUCUUCGGUCACAAAACGAGAACACAAGUACGGUCAAGUAUACCUACUGAGAUACAUCCCAGGAUGCACCUAAGUAAGUUUAUGUCAGAGAGGAGAGCAUGAUGGGAAAUGUGACAACAAAAAUAAUUUCUACAUAGCUGUAAUUGUACAAAUGGCAAAUAAAGCAUCCUCCCCCCACUUCUGUCCUUCCAGAUCGCCUUCUCCCAACACAACAGCAUCAUGGACCUGGUCCAGUUCUUCGUCACCUUCUUCAGCUGCUUCCUGUCCCUCCUGCUGGUGGCGGCCGUUGUGUGGAAAAUCAAGCAGACCUGCUGGGCCUCCAGACGCCGGGAGCAACUCAUGAGGGAACGUCAGCAGAUGGCCAGCCGGCCUUUCUCCUCCGUGGACGUGGCUCUGGAGGUGGGAGGUGCGCAGAUGGAGCUGCUGCACGGCUCAGCUGAGGGUGCCCCCAAGCCCAUUGCCACAGAGCCCUGCUCGGGGGGCAAAGCGGCCGUGCUCACCGUCUUUAUGUGCCUCCCCCGUGGGCCCACAGGCGUGCCCCCACCCGGCCAAUCUGGCAUCGCCAUCGCCAGUGCCCUGGUUGACACCUCGCAGCAGAAACCUGCCGACUUCAAGGAGAAGAGUCUGGGUCUGAAGAGCCGCAAGCCGCACCCCCCCCUGCACCAGGGCACCUGCGUCUGAGCCUGCGCGCCGGAGUCCCCCCCUCCUCCCGCCCCUCCUCUUCCGCCUGCUCCGGGGCUACUCCAUUUCCCGGCUUCCUCCUGAGGAAGCUCAGGUCCGAAUCCUGUCAGCCCCCCCGCCCACCCACCUAGGCCUGGACUGACAGGGUCUCUCUGUUGUGUUUUUGUUCUUAGCACGGGGGGCCGCCACCCGCCCCCACCCGGCGCAGUAGCUGUCGAAAGCUGAACCGUCUUUAUCAUGUAUAAGAGGAAAAGCAUGUUCCGUUUUUAAGUGGUUUUUGUACGGCUGCCUUCUGUUUUUCUGUCCUUUUUGUAUGACAUUCUCUGGCUGGAUGCCAGGACAUCUCCCAGGACCGGACCAGACCUAAAUCUGCUGCAGAGAUGGAUACCCUUCACCCCCUCCCUCCCAAGGACGAAUGACCCAAGCAGGAGUCAAAGGUCAAUUGAGCAGCUCACCACUUGGUUCCUCUGGUCACCUUGUCAGUUCCAAGUGCCCCCACCCCCACUGCCUUGCUUGGAGGGUGGAGAUUGUGCCGUCCUGGAAUUCUGAAAGGUUCCAGGAGCAGCCUGUUGCUUGGUGGGAGGCCCGUCGCCCUAGCAACUGGUGAGCAGCGUCAGCCGUGAGGGAGCGCGAUCGCCCUGCACUCGGCCUUUCGGGGGAGCGUGACGGACUCCUGAACACUCUUCCGCAGGAUGGAGCGUACCUUCCUGUCGCUGAUGUCCUCGAUGUUGUCAGGUUGUUUUAUCCCUUGUUGUUGUUGAUUUGGUUUUAAUAGUGGAUGAUGCUGCAUGCAGGGAACAGAUCUGCUCUCUUAUCCAUGACGAUGGCGACGAUGAUAAUGAUGAAGAUGAAGUGUAGGUUGUUAGUUACUCCUUUUUAUUAGUGGUGGACGAAAGUACCGGCCCAUGUUACAUGGCCCAGGUACUGCUGUAAUGAGUCUGCCCAGCCUUCUGGGGGCGCUGCAGUCACACACAUAUCUUUUCACCUCAUCCUCAACAUGCCUUCUAUCGUUUACCUGUGUCAAGCUGUCAUGGUUACUUAAAUAUCGUAUGCAUACUGUAUGUAGGUCAUUGGGGUCGCGUCACGCAGCACAGCGCUGCUAUGAAGAAACACCCAUCAGGCCAUGCUGGGAAAUAAAGAGUUACAGCGCAGUGUGACUCUCCGUCCUCCUGAGGGUCCUUUUAUCUCGGCUGUGAAUGUCACCUCUUGGCGUCACGCGUCUGUUUUUAAUGUGAAUAUGACAGAUAAGCUCUCGGUAAUGUGCUGGCACUGGCUCGGGCGCUGUGGAUCAGGGCCGCCGUGAACGGCGCGCACGGCCAGCCGGGCUGGAGCUCUGCUCUGGGGGACGUGCUUACAGACAGGAGGGGAAGCCAGCGGCGGCGCGUGGAGAAGGCGGCGUCUAGCCUGUGCAGAGCGAGUGCCGGCUUCCCCGCCGCCGUCGUGGAUGUCAUGUUUGCCAGUGUUCCUUGGAGGUCACUCCCCCCCGCCUGUGUCCGCCUGCCUCCCCUCCCCCACCGCCACCCCCCGGAACUGUUACACUAAGCUACCCAAGGCACAGCCCUGCCUCUAAAGGGCAUAUUUACUCCCGGGCCCCGGAGCGCCACCUACUGUCAGUUUGAGUCACGUCGAAUUUGAAAUAGUUUCACUAACUGACAGUUAAAUGUUUAAAAAAUAAAAAAUAAAAAAAAGAUCGCUGACGGGUUGCUCUCUUAGUAUGAUUUUUUGCCGUUAGUCGGUUAAGUUAGAGGCCUCAUUUUUAACCGUGAAGAGAGCAUUCAGUUUAAACAGACUGCCAAAAGCGUGGCCGCCCCCGCCCCCGGGCACACACGGCCUCCUCCGGUCACCUUCCUUUGUUUUGUAUGUUAUGAAUAAAUCUGUAUCAAUGUUCUCUAUGUAAUGAACAAAAUUACGAUGUAAAAUAAAAUGUUUAAAAAUGG